UAACUGUGAAAGAUGUGCAACAGUGUAAACCUUUGCAUUUCAUAUUCAUUUGAUCUGUCUGAUUGCAGGCUGCUGUAAGAAAUGCACCUCUUCACACAUGUUAUGUAGUAUAUUCAGGCUAUAAUAUCGCCCAUGAAAAGCUGCACUGAGUCUUUUAGGGUUAAAUUAACCCCAGACUUAGCCUACAGGUGAUGAAUUAACUCACACUGUUAAUGUGUAGCUACUCCACUGGACUUGUGUGCAAAUUAAACAACAUAAGAGUCGGAUAUAUUUCAACACUGGGCUGUUACUGUGCAAAUAUAACCCCUUUAUAUUUUAUUUAUUUAUUUUAACCCAUUUUUUCUACAUUCACGGCCGCAAAAUAACGCGGAACCUGCCUCAGAUCAGCUGACCGGGUCACGUGACCGAGAGCUUCUCUUCGCCUCUUUGCACAAAAUGGAGUUGUCAGAUUCGGUUGUAAAGGGGCUUCAAACCCUAGCAGAUCCAGCUUACAUGGACUUCAAAUCAUUCCGCAUUUUCACCGAAGCGGCUUUCCGCAGUCUGCUGGCGUUUCCCACACACAGCGUUUUGGAUUACCCAGAGUUGAAGAACAUCGAUCAAGCUCUCCUGAAACACUGUCACAUUGCAGCAACAACAUUUAUACUGGAAGGAGUAAAACAAAAUGCAGACAGGUCAACUAUAUGCUCGUGCCUUGAAGAUCUCAGAUUUGACAGCGAGAGAGUGGAUGCGUUUUACGAGCUCUAUCAGAAAAGCAAAACUAACCUGGAAAAACUGUUGUCAAGAAUGGUGAGAAUAACGGGGCCUCUUCGGAACUAAAUUUUAGCUGCACAUUGGAGCAACUUCAGGUAUUUUUAUUUUAAUAGACCUUAACCUUCCAUGACGAUGCAUCGCACAACAAGGAUCAAGAUCACAGAGCUAAAUCCACAUCUGAUGUGUGUGUUAUGCGGUGGAUAUUUCAUUGACGCAACCACAAUCAUAGAAUGCCUGCAUUCGUUUUGUAAAAUGUGCAUUGUCCGCUACCUGGCGACCAGUAAAUACUGUCCCAUAUGUGAUGUCCAGGUCCACAAAACAAAGCCUCUUCUCAAUAUUAGAUCUGACAAAACUCUGCAGGACAUUGUGUACAAGUUGGUCCCAGGUCUUUUCAAAAAUGAAAUGAAACGAAGGAGAGAUUUCUAUGCUGAACAUCCGUCAGUAGACGCUGCAAAUGGUUCUAAUGAGGAUCGUGGUGAAGUGGCUGAUGAGGAUAAGAGAAUCAUCACAGAUGAUGAGAUUAUCAGUCUGUCAAUCGAGUUCUUUGACCCCAGGGCCAAACAUCAAGGUAGUGAGGGGGAGAAACAGAAUAAGGAUGAGGUAAACAACAAGAGGUACUUGCAGUGUCCUGCUGCCAUGACUGUAAUGCAUUUGAGGAAAUUUCUCAGAAGUAAGAUGGACAUACCAUGUAACUUCCAGAUUGAAGUGAUGUAUGAGGAUGAGCCUCUGAAGGACUACUACACGUUAAUGGACAUUGCAUACAUUUAUACAUGGAGAAGGAAUGGGCCGCUACCCUUGAAAUAUCGAGUACGUCCCAAUUGCAAAAAGAUGAAGAUCACUCACACGCAGGACGGCUUAAGCAGUGCCAACCGCUCAGAAAGUGACUCUGCGAGUGACCAGGCCAACAGCCCGGCUGGAGCCCCGUCUACAUCCUCACCACUACCGAGUCCAAGCACACCCGUCCAGUCCACUCAUCCACAAUUUCCCCAUAUUUCCAACCCAGUCAAUGGCUCCUCUAUGGGAAGCCCCAAUCGUCAGUUUACGUUCAGCAACAAAAUGCGCAAAUCGUCUCUGAAUGGAUCCUCUACUUCUUCAGGGUGAUGGGGUUAACCCUGCCUAAGCCAACUCCAGAUUACCCAGCUAUUUUCCAUGCCAAUGUCAUGUCAUUGUAGCCAUUUUAUUGUCAUUAUUCCUAUUACACAUGUAACUUUUAACAUAGUGGAAGUGGCACAUUUCAUCCAAUUGCUGGAGUAAAUUUGGGAACGAUAGCCUCAUUGUGGCUCUAAGCUAUGGGAUUUGCAGAACAUCCAAAACAGUUUGCGUAAUAGACUGAAUCUACUUUUCUAUAUGUAUUUUUUACUUCAAUUUUUUUUUUCAAAACAAAUCCAGAGGUGUUGCUUGUAUUUUAAGCGCGUACUUUCUUUUAAACACAUGAUAAAGGCUUUAGUUUGCCUUCUUUGGCUAGUUAGGCCUACUAAACAUUCCUGCUAUAUUCAGCUGGCAUUGACAUUGUAUCAAAGAAAAUAUUAUAUAUUCAAUUCAGUUUAAACAGAUUAGAGAAAUUUAAGUUGUAGUUGUCGUGCAUAUAUAAUUUUUACAGCAAUGUAAAGUCUAAAGCACCAUGGGAAUAUCCCCCCCCCCAAAACAAGGUUAUAACCUAGGCCCAUGUAGAUACGCUCACUUCAGUGUUCAUUUGUCUAAUUGUUUGAUUGUAUGAAUAACUAUUGUAUUGUGACUGUUGCACAGUAUAAAAAAAAAAAAAUAAACAUUUUACACUUUCGCUGCCUCUA